ACGGGAGCCGCGUGCCUUGCGCCCUUUCGCAUCUCCACGCACGGUGAGCGGUCGUUUUCUCUCUCCAGACGGAUAUCCAACCGUAACUAGCACCUCUCCCGAGGGUCAAUCAAGCGAGCUUCAUGCUUGACCUCGGGGUCUCCACGAGGUCCGGCGAGGAAGCCUCUCCUCCUCAUCUCCUCCUCGUCUCACUAUCACCACGAGAGCUCCUCACCGAGGGUUGAGUUGAGGUGGACUAGAGGGUGAAUUAUAGGCGGCGGGCUUCGGGGAUCAAUUCGGUCGUGGGGGGCUGAAGGCCCUCUGUGUAUCUCGCCGAUCGAGGCACGGACAGAGGAUUGAGUUGCGGGUUGAGCGGAGGACGGGAGGUGGACGGACCAGAGGUGAAAUGGGAGCAGGGAGCUCGAACCCCCGAACCAGGAUCCGUCGCAUCGCCGUAUCCCAACUCCCCCCAGCGGCAGCGACUGGGGACCCCGCGACGACCCCCAAAACGGGACCCUUCGAACGCACCCGCAUCCCCUUUUCGCCCGGACACGCCGCCACUGCCGCCGUGGGGGUCCGGCCGACUGGGGUCUCAGCGGCGUGGGGACCUCCUGGGGUGCUGGCCGGGGACCCCCGAGCCGAGCUGCCCAGGGUCAGGGCUCCCCGAGGGAUGGAGGGGACCACGCGACACGCGGGCCCCCGAUCUCUGCCAUCUUUGCCCCGACUGCUCCCGCGAAGCUUUGGUGCAGCAAAUGCAGUGGUAGCGAUUGCUCCGGCUGGCGAAACCUCCACAAAAGCUUGCAGCAGCAGCAGCAUCAUUCACGCUCACCCGCCUCGCCUCGUCCAGCGACUUCAGGAGGAGCCGCUGCCCUCGGCCCCGAGCUCGACGCCACACGAGGCCCCGAGCAGGCAGGGUCAACGCGGCCCCGUCUCCAAUCUCGGCGGCCUCGUGACCCGGGUCCCAGAUGAACCAGAGGUCGCAGGGGUCAGACUCCACGGCGUCCCGAUCCGUGAACUCCAAAGCUCCGAUGACAGCGAGCUGGACUCCUGGACAAGUAAGAACGGUGCGAUGAGGAGGGCUACGACAAUGACGAGCAGGAGGAGGAGGAGGAAGAGGAUGAGGACGAGACGAUACGGGCAGGGCGAAGGCACGGAGCAGCGAGGGACGGGACGAGGCCUGGUGAGGACCCACGCGGAGGAGAUCCCGAUGAUCGACGCCUUCUUUGAUCAGCCCCUACCGGCGCUCACGUAGGGGUCGCUGGGUGCAAGCGGUGGCAAGAUGUUACCUACCUCGCCUUGUAUA